UUGCGCCAGUGGGAAAUUCACAAGCAACUCUUUAGUUUCAUUUCAACAAUGUUCACCUACAGACUUGUAUUUAUUGCGCCUCUGAUAUUGGUUUUGAUCAGCAUAGUUAAGGCCCGCCAUCCCUUUGACAUUUUUCAUUGGAAUUCGAAGGAUUUUGAAGAGUGUUUACACGUUAAUAACAUUUCCAUCAGCGAAUACGAAAAAUACGCACGGUUCGAGACUCUGGAUUACCUACUCAACGAGAGUGUGGACCUACGGUACAAAUGCAAUAUCAAAUGCCAGCUGGAAAGGGAUUCAACGAAGUGGCUAAAUGAUAAAGGUAAAAUGGAUCUGGACCUGAUAAAUGCCACCAGUGAGGCAGCGGAAUCCAUUACAAAGUGCAUGCAUCAGGCUUCCGAAGAACCUUGUGCGUACAGCUUUAAACUAGUGAUAUGUGCCUUUAAAGCCGGUCAUCCCACUACCGAUUCCGAAUAAUUGUUAUUAGCUUAUACAUAUGAAAUCAAGAGAACGAUUUCAGCUGAUUGAAACUAAGAAUCUCAAGGAAUUGAAAGAGAAAUGUGGAAAGACAGGUUUAUUAACCAAAAAUCCAUUGCUUCCAUAGAGUAUUCAGUUUAAUAUUUUGAAAAUGUUCUUCAGCUGCUGAAGAACCGUGUGCAUACAGCUUUUAAUUAUACCCGUUACUCGUAGAGUAAAAGGGUAUACUAGAUUCGUGCAAAAGUAUGUAACAGGUAGAAGGAAGCGUUUCCGACCCUAUAAACUA